AUGUUGAGAGCACAAGAGAAAGGAUUUGUGGAUAUUCAAGUUAUCUCAUUCGAUGUGAUGAACACAAUUUUGACUCUUCGUGAACCGCCACAUAUCGUUUAUGCGAGAUUCGCUCGACAAUAUGGAUUCUCGCCAGAUGAGAGCAAAAUGAAAGCGGCUUUUCCUAUCGCUUUUUCUUCAUUUGCCGAUGAAUUCCCCGCUUUUGGGCACAAAACGAUCGGAGCGAUGGAAUGGUGGGGGAAAACUGAAUGGAAAAUUGUUGACGAAGAGACGAUUCCCAUUCUGGAGCGUCUCCGUUUAAAGGGAAUCCACACGGCUGUCAUCUCGAAUUUCGAUUUUCGUCUUAAGAAAUUGCUUGAUGAUUUCCACUUGUCUUCCCUCCUCGAAUUGGUCGUUUUGAGUGGUGAAGUGGGCAUCGAAAAGCCUAAUUCACGAAUUUUCGAACUUGUCACCGAUCAUUUCCACCUCAAAUCACCCAAACAUUUGCUGCAUAUCGGUGAGAUU